AUGAAGAAAUCAAUUGCCUGCGGCGCAUGUCGGACUUCGAAAAGAAGAUGUAUCCAUUCCGGUGGGCCGCCGUGUAUCCGCUGCAAAGAGAGAGGAGAUGAGUGCAUCUUCCCUCCCAAGGGAACCUCGUUCAUCUUUCGGCGCUCGCGACUUGAGCGUCAGGCGCGUGCCGCACCUAAUGCGUCUAUAUCAGCAGACGGCAACAUUGCAGCCUCAAUUUUAUCUACCCCGACGGUAGCUCAGAAUAGCAGCGCUGAGGACCCCGAUGAGCAUCCCAAGAUCAACCUGUGGGAGACGGACCCGUUGGAUUACGUGACGGAUGAGGUGAAAGAGAGCUAUCUGAGAUGUUCCUAUAAAUGGUCGUUUCAUCACAUUCCUACUUUCUUCGCCGCAAUCCGCAACAAGGUGCUGGAUCGGUCUGUUGCGUGGGCGAUGCUGGCUAUUACAGUGAGAUUUUCUCAAAAACCACCAGAGGGAUUCUCUAGUCAGAUUCAGACUAGCAACUAUUUCGCCGCACAUACGAGAUCGCUCAUCCUUCCAUCAAUCGAUGAGCCGAGCCUGCAGCGGAUCCAAGUUCUUCUCAUGCUCACAGGCCAUUCAUGGGGCUCGGGUGAGGGGAGACGCGCAUGGGUCUACCUUGGGAUGGCCGUGAGAAUGGCUCAAAUCAUGGGCUUAUUCGACGAUCCUCCGGUCGUGGCCCAGUCCAAAGAAGAGUUCAUUCACGGAGAGGAACGGCGGCGUACCGCAUGGACGUGUUUCCUCAUGGACAGCCUGUUAAGCGGCGGUAAGGGCCGUGAGCGGUUACUUGCUGCAGACAGCAUGCACAUUCAACUGCCGUGCGACUCAGGCAACUUUAUAUUUGGCGAACCUGUCCUAUGUCCCCAUAUUGACGGUUUCCGAUCCGAUGGCAAUCCUCAUAUCCCUCUCGGCAAACUCGGUAUCGUCGCGUACAGCAUGAGAGUCGCCGACGUCUGGGGUGCUGUUGCCAAGUGGUCCUGCUCUUCGCAUCCAAAUAAUACGCCUCCGUGGCAACCAGAGUCAGAACUCCAGCGUUUAUUAGUUCGCUUAAACGCCUGGAGGGAAUCACUGCCUCCACGCCUGAGAUAUGACUUAUCAUUAUUGCAUGCUCACAGCGUCCAGAAUCAAGGACAAGCGUAUUGCUACAUGCAUUGUAUUUAUUUCAUGUCUGUUAUAUUCCUUUACCGAUCUUACCUGCCGGAACUAGAAAUGCACGAAGAGGCGGAGUUGGAGAACGGCGAUAGGAAGCAGUGGACUAUAUUUUCUUCCAGAGAGCUUGCAAAGGUUGCCGACCAGGUGUGCGAAAUGCUUCAAGAGAUUCGUGGGUUUGGUUUAUUCUUCCUACGUGGCUUGGUUCCAUGGAUAGGCUUCACUAUCUAUACAGCUGUCGGAACAUUGCUGUACUUUUGGCAUUUCCCUCACGUAAGCGAGGGCGACCCCCAAAUCGAGAGCUGGCGACAGCGCAUUAUUGAUGGAUGCGUUUUCCUCAAAGAUAUGAGGCAAGCCUGGCCUAUGGCUGAUACCUGGCGCGAAACUAUCAAAGCGAUGCACAUAUUUUAUAGCAAUUCCAAGUCAAAGGGCAACCAGGCGAUGAGUCCGAGUGCCAGACGAGAAAUGCGAAAUGCCAUCAUCGAUUAUGGCGCCUUGCAGCCUUCCCCUGUUCACCCUGCUGAUAGUGGAAGCGAAGAAGAUGUUGCAAUUACAUCUGAACAAGAAGAAACAACAACAACAACAACAACUACGCAUGAUAUUAAUACGAAUGAGACCGAGCUUGUGUCUCAUGAAUUUGGCGUGGUACCGCCUGCCGAUUAUGACCUUUUUGAUACGCACUUCGAUAUUGACUCUACUAUGCAGGCGUCAUUUGCAGAUGCUACCCAAGGCUUCUGGGAAGGAUACCCAGGAAAUGUUGAGGUAUCAGGAUGGUAG